UCUCGUUCCGCUCGCCGACUUCCGACUGGCGUGCAGCGCACGCAAAUGAGAAUCACGCUGUGCCGUUUGAUCCCAUCGAGGCGCCAUCGUGUGGUACUCAGGCUUUCGCAGGUUCGCAGGCGCCUGCAAACUGAAGAGAGAGGUGUUACUGCCGUCGCAGGAAGCGAUGGUGGGGGGGCCGAACGCUUCGCGAGAAAGCGGAGACUAGAUAUUGAAUCUCUCCAACAACCAAGCGUUCGACUCGAGAUCUCCCCAUCGCCGCCUUGCGCUUGCUCUCCUUGUGCCGAUCCCAAAUCUCGCUCUCAUCUCGCAUCGACGGAAGAGCAAACGCCGAUCUUAUUUCGCUGAGGGCGAUUAGAUCCGCCGCCCGGAUGCCAGAUUUAGUUCCACUUUAGAGAGUAGUAUCGAGGUUGGGAGGUUUUGAUUAGGGUUUCCAUUAAAUUCUUCUUGUUUUCGGGAUAAUUCUUUGACAAUUUUGUUGGUAGAGCUUGCUUUCUUUUCUCACGAAUUUGGAUCGUUCGAAUUUCGAUUGUCCAAGAAAAUUGAGAGAUUGUGGGGAUCUUGGAAUUCCGUUGCUUGGAGUUAGAUGUUUGGGCAGAAGAAUUGGAAGCUUUAGGACGUUUUGAUUCAAUGAUUGAUUGGAAGCAGGAUGAAAAAUUGGAGAUCUAGUUUGAUAGAUUGGAUUGAUUCAGAUUGCGAAAUCUUUGAGUAAUUGCUUCCAAUUAGAGAGGGCGUAAGAGCAGAAUCUAGGGCUUUGUGGGUUGUUUUUGUACUGUCGAAAAAGUCAUGUUUUACGGGGCGAUGGUAUGGGAUCCAUGGCUUAUCGUGUCUCAGAUCGUCUGUCUUCAGUGUUUGUACUACCUGACCCUCGGACUGUUCAUGGCCAUUCUCGUUGGCACUCGCGUGUCCCGGUUGAGCCUCAUGUAUUUCUUCGAUUUCUCAACUCUUACCGCUUCCACGGUCACCGGAUGGUGCGCGAUUGUUUCAUUUCUUCUCAGCUCGCUUGCCGGGGCAAGUUACUUGCUUUAUUUGAUCGAGAGAGCCAAAAAAUGCUUAGAUUUUGCGGCUACCCUCUAUAUAGUUCAUCUCUUUAUAUGCAUCAUAUAUGGAGGGUGGCCAUCCUCCAUCACAUGGUGGGUUGUUAAUAUUACCGGAUUGGCAUUGAUGUCUUUGCUUGGAGAAUGGCUGUGUAUCAGACGUGAAUUGCGAGAGAUUCCUAUUUCACGACUUCGUUCAAAUGUUUGACACCAAAUUUGGAAGAGCACAGUUAUGCUUCAUGCUUUCUUACAGCCAACCAAUUCUCCAUUUUUUUUUAAGUUCAUGGCAAUGUCAUAUCAUGAUUAAGUACAUGACAGGAGUGGAUAUUCUCACGGCGUUGAACAUCAAUUUAUGGAGAAACGGACAAGUUCAAGUCCACACUAUAGAAGUUGCAUCAUGUUUGUUUUUUUUACUUGGUCUUGCGCUUGUCCUUCCAUUGGGAAAAUUUCACAAGAAUGUUUGGGCUUGGCCCAAUUAAAAUUCAUAGAAAAAGUCAACUAGCAUGUAUGCUAUGCUAGUCCCUUCUUUUUAAUAUAGCUGAAUGCAUGAAUGGAUUUUGCUUGUCGUUUUUUAAUUGGCAUGCUAUCGUAGUUGGUCACAUGCAGUUGAGGAACUCACCUUUUUGUGUACCAGAGUCGGCAAUAUACCAUCUAUAUAAGUAAACAAAAUGCCAAAAUGCCACUAUUACAAAUUAGGGUCUUUGUUCCGUCUUGUUGGAUUAAUUUUAUAGAUACAUCUGUCAUUUAGUGUUUGCAAAA